CUGCCAUCAUCACAACAACUACUUACCAUUACUUCCACUAUGGAUCCUGUUACGCCCAUUCCGCUUCCUCAAAUUGACGAGCCAGAGGAGUACAACACCAACUACAUCCUUUACUGGCACCAUAUCGGUUUGGAACUCAACCGCCUCACUCACACUGUAGGAGGUCCCCAGACUGGCCCACCUAUCUCUGCCAGAGCUCUAGGUAUGCUCCAGUUGGCUGCCCACGACGCCUACUUCGCAAUCAAUCCCUCUGCCGAAUUUUCGACCUUUCUCACUCCUGGUGCUGAAAAUGCCGAGUACCGUCUUCCUGACCUGAACGGAGCGGACGAUGCUCGCCAAGCAGUUGCUGGAGCUUCUCUUAAAAUGUUGACUGAGCUGUACAUGAAGCCUGUGGUUCAAUCUAACCCCAACCCCGGCGCAAACAUCUCCGACAGGGCUUACGCCCAACUCGCACUGUUCAUAGAGCAAUCGUCUGCUGAAGCUCCCGGCGGUGUCGACCGAGCCUCAGCCAGUUUCCUGUUUGGUGAAGCUGUAGCGGAUGUCUUCUUCAAACUCCUUUUCCACCCACCAGGUGCUUCGCAAGAUGGCUAUCAUCCCACCCCUGGGCGCUAUAGAUUUGACGAUGAGCCUACUCACCCUGUCGUUCUAAUCCCAGUAGACCCCAACAACCCCAACGGGCCCAAGAAGCCGUUCCGUCAGUACCAUGGUCCUUUCUACGGUACGACUGCGAAGCGUUUCGCUACACAGACUGAGCACAUUCUUGCCGACCCACCAGGCCUUCGUUCUGCUGCCAAUGAGACUGCCGAGUAUGAUGACUCGAUCCGCGUCGCAAUCGCCAUGGGUGGUGCCCCAGGGCUCAACUCUACCAAGCGCUCUCCAUACCAGACAGCGCAAGGAAUUUUCUGGGCCUACGAUGGGUCCAACCUCAUUGGUACACCGCCGCGUCUGUACAACCAAAUUGUGCGCCGCAUCGCCGUAACCUACAAGAAAGAAGAUGAUCUCGCAAACAGCGAAGUCAACAAUGCAGACUUUGCGCGUCUCCUCGCUCUUGUCAACGUCGCCUGCGCCGAUGCAGGCAUCUUUUCGUGGAAAGAGAAAUGGGAGUUUGAGUUCUGGCGCCCCCUAUCUGGCGUUCGUGACGAUGGGCGUCCAGACCAUGGCGACCCCUUUUGGCUCACGCUCGGUGCCCCAGCCACAAACACAAACGAUAUCCCGUUCAAGCCACCUUUCCCGGCCUACCCCUCCGGACACGCAACAUUUGGUGGAGCAGUCUUUCAGAUGGUGCGCCGAUACUACAACGGGCGCGUCGGCACAUGGAAAGAUGACGAGCCCGAUAAUAUCGCCAUCGACAUGAUGGUAUCCGAGGAGCUCAACGGCCUCAGCCGCGACCUCCGCCAGCCCUACGACCCCACCGCCCCAAUCACCGACCAGCCUGGUAUCGUCCGUACACGAAUCGAGCGCCACUUUAACUCUGCAUGGGAAAUGAUGUUGGAAAACGCCAUUUCCCGCAUUUUCCUCGGCGUCCACUGGCGUUUCGACGCGGCAGCCGCGCGCGACAUUCUCAUUCCAACAGUGACAAAGGACGUGUAUGCCAUUGACAACAACGGCGCGAGCGUCUUCCAGAAUGCAGAGGACGUACGGUACUCUACGAGGGGCACGCGCGAGGGUCACGACGGCUUGUUCCCGAUUGGCGGUGUGCCGCUAGGUAUCGAGAUUGCGGAUGAGAUUUUCAACGCGGGAUUGAAGCCCACGCCUCCGGAGGCGCAGCCCAUGCCCCAGCCGCCGUAUGUACAGAAGCCGCCGUAUGGGAAGGAGAGUCAGUCGACUAUGUGGGAGGAGGAGCAUGCUCAGGCCAUGGAUGAGGCGCCGUAGAUGGUGAUGGGUUGAGUACGCUGAUAUAGGGUAGUACAAGGGGGCUCGCGCACGACGCAGUUUGAAUUUCCGCAAUCUGAUCUCGGUCUUUAGUCUUGUGCGGAUAAUUAAUAUAGUGUAGUAUAUGUAAAGUGCUUAUCAAUUAAUGCUUUGCUAAU